UUCUGCAUGGGAUGUGCAGUCAGCCCAGUGUUCAGGUAAGAGGUUUCUUAGACUCUAUAAGUGAGAGUUCUGAAGUGAGCCAUUACUGUGUCAAAGAGUUAAAGGGAUGGUAAAGCUAUGGAAAAAAAAUAAAUCCAGAGAAGAUAAAGGAAAUUUCUCACAGAGAAACUAGAUUCACUUCAGCAUCCAUGUUCACUAAAGAGAAACUGGGGGAUAUUUACAAGUGGACUCUCUAUUUCUGGCCAAAGAGAACAACAACAUAACUUCACUGUGAGACAGUGCUCAGCUAGAGAGUUCAGUGCAACUCAAGAUCCAAAGUGCAAUGGUAUCAGUAGGAGGGUCAGCCUCUACUUCAACUCCCUUUGCACCUGCUAACUGCAAGACAACCACUGUGGUGUCACCUCCCAAAGAGAUCUGGACAACUGCUGAGCCAUAACCCAACAUCUGUACAUAUAGCCAGUUGGCAGAAAUUACAGUAAACAAUAGUAUUACUGGACACAUAGUAAAUAUGGUGUUUUGGAGAACAGUCAAAGUUCAGGCUUUAGUAAAGGUAAGUUAUGUCUCACCAAUCUGUUGAAGUAAUUAAGAAAAGCAGAUGAGUAUAUGAAGUGAGUGAAGUCCAACCCAUACAACUACUUAGACUCUCAAGAGACUUUGAGUGAUCUGGAAAGUACAUGAAUAGUGGGCUGAUGACAUAUGAUGAUGAAACAAAGGUCUUCAGAGUAGUAAAGACAAGGACCGACUGUGCAGAGUUGCAAAGAACCUUAGUUAAAAAGUGAGAGGAGGAAUAUAGUGCUCAUAGAUGUAAAAAGUGAGCUGCCAGGGAAAAAAAGCUGAUAUACCACUCAAGGUAUUUGGAAUUAUAUUAAUUGGGACUGCUCUGUGGAAAUGUCAGAUCAGUGCUAUGCAAUGAUUCAAAAAGCAAAGUAAAUUUCAGGAAUCAUGAGGAAAGAAACUGAGAACAGAAAACACCAUUAUGCUGCAGUAUAAAUCUGUGGUGUAUCCACAUCUUCAACAAGUGUUUGUGGUUCUGGUCUCUGUCUCCAAAAGAACAUAUCAGUGUUGGCAGUGUCAGAAAAAGGCAACAAGGUUGAGCUGAAUGUAUGGGCCAUUGUCAAGAUUUGAUGGACUUUGGUCACUAUAAGCAUUUUUAUGUUCAAAAAUUCUUGUAAAUCACACCUUUGUUCAGUGUCACAAAAAUGGUUAUUAGGAAGGGAUCUUCCCCUUCCUGGAGAAAAAAAAAUAAAGAAAGUAUGAAAUAUGAGACUCAUGUCCCCUAAUUGGAAAAGUACACCUCAAAAGAAAAAGCAUCUCUAAAAAUCAAUUUAACUCACAGAAGGUGGUUGUUUAUAAAAAAAAUCAAACACACCAAACCAAAAAGUGUUUCUUAUGUUAGGAUUUAGGAGCUUAAGAGAGGCUGUUUGACAUCAAAGUGCUAAUGUUUCAUGUAGAAUAUAUGCUGUUCUUGCUCCACAGAUUCCCAGUCGACUGUCCAUUCUCUGUUGGAUGCAUGAAUCUGUACCAGUGAUGACUGAGAAAGGCAUUUCUCCUCGAUGAUUGGGAGAGGGCUGGCCUGAUGAUUAUCUCCUUGGAGAAGUUCAGUGUCUCUCUCUGUAGCCCUCCUAGCACACUGCAAAGCCGUUUGUGACCCACAUUCAGGAUGUCUUUCAAGAAGGGUUGGGCUGGCAUAAUAUUACACUGGAAGGUGAAACCAGAGCAGAGGAUGACUCAGUACAACCAUUCAGCAGAGUUCUCUCUCCAGAGCUCAGCAAAUAAGUCAUUAAAUUUCACUGAAACACCACUGGCUUGGGAUGAAAGGACACUCUUAGGGCUGAAGAUUUCACUGUCAAUCCUUCUGUCCGUUAUAACUUUGGCAACAAUCCUUGCAAACGUUUUUGUUAUUAUUACAAUUUUUCUGACUAGAAAGCUCCACACACCUGCAAAUUACCUCAUUGGCUCCUUGGCAGUGACUGAUCUUUUAGUGUCUGUCCUCGUAAUGCCCAUCAGUAUUGCUUACACUGUCACCCAUACAUGGGCCUUUGGCCAAGUGCUGUGUGAUAUCUGGUUGUCAUCAGACAUCACAUGCUGCACAGCCUCCAUCCUGCACCUCUGUGUUAUUGCCCUGGACAGAUACUGGGCUAUCACAGACGCUUUGGAAUACACCAAACGCCGGACUGCUGGCCGAGCAGCCCUCAUGAUUGCAGUGGUCUGGAUGAUAUCUAUUAGUAUUUCUGUGCCACCAUUUUUCUGGAGGCAAGUGAAAGCUCAUGAAGAAAUUGCAAAGUGUACUGUGAACACAGAUCAAAUUACCUACACAAUCUAUUCCACUUGUGGAGCUUUCUACAUCCCAACUGUGCUCCUCCUGAUAUUAUAUGGUAGAAUUUAUGUAGCAGCUCGAUCCAGAAUUCUGAAGCCACCCUCAUUAUGUGGGAAACGUUUUACUACUGCACACCUGAUCACCGGCUCUGCGGGGUCUUCUCUCUGCUCCAUUAAUGCUAGCCUCCAUGAAGGGCAUUCCCAUUCAGGUGGAUCCCCAAUAUUUAUCAAUCAUGUUAAAAUAAAAGUUGCAGAUAGUGUCCUGGAAAGGAAAAGAAUUUCUGCUGCAAGAGAAAGGAAAGCCACCAAAACUUUAGGCAUUAUUUUGGGAGCUUUCAUUUUCUGCUGGCUGCCUUUUUUCGUCAUGUCCCUAGUCCUACCCAUUUGCCAAGAUGCUUGUUGGUUUCAUCCCAUUCUACUGGACUUUUUUACCUGGCUGGGUUACCUAAAUUCAUUGAUCAAUCCAGUCAUUUAUACAGCUUUUAAUGAAGAAUUUAAACAGGCUUUCCAAAAACUAAUACUUUUCAAAAAGCGUUCAUCUUGAGACUCUCCUCUUGUGUUACUGACCCUUGUGCAAUCUCAUACCUGAAACUUUCCAUGCUUUUAUUCCUAAGGAACAGAGUGGUAAUUGCCAACUCUGCUGCAACCCUGUUCUGUGCAUGUAACUGGGGACUUCUCGCCAAUUUGAUACUUUCUGUCUGGAAUUCUGCAUUCCAUAACAGAACUCGUCUGUGGUCUCUGCAGUGAUCGUGUGUGUAUAUAAGACCAACAACACAUGAAAUAAGCUUUGUAACGAGGGAUGGUGUGCAAACCAGGGAGCUGGGCUUGUGUGAGGGGGUGACACGUUAUCCAGUUCUACCAUGCUUUGUAACCUGGUGGGAGGAAAUUGUGUAUGUGUUUGCAGGAUAUCAGUAUUUCUGCUGCAUAUUAUUAAUCAUUUAUGUAGGCUGAGAAAGUUUCUGGAGAGCAGGAUCUGAUAUCUACAUUUUCUAUAGCCUGUAUCAUAUCCACGUGACGCUGAUAAGACCUGUAACUUUUUCAGAAGUUGUGUGACACAGCCUGGCUAUAACGAGCAGCAGGGCAGAGAGGCAUGUAAGUCAUAUGAAUAUUUCACAACUGCUGCAUUUGAAGCUAUGUUUUUGGUGAACUGCAGAAAGAAGACAAUUUAUUUGAAGCAAUUUUUACACAUUUUAUCAUGAAUAGAAUAGCCAGUGCAGAAAUACUACAAAAUAAAUAGCAUGAAAAUUAUUGUGAAGUACCUUGAUCUUAUAUUUUAUUUCAUUUUUUUUGCAUGCACAAGCUGAAACAGGAGAAUAUAGUUAGUGCCAGUGUGGAAUGACUGGAACCUCAGAAAACAGCCAGGAGCUUCACUCCUUGGUGACAAGAAAUGGGAAUUUAGAGAGGAGAGAAUGAAGUGACACACUAAGGAAAAUUUUCUUAGUAAUUAGGUUGUUGGGGUGGAUGGGCCAUCACUGUCUCUGGAAGUCUUUAAAUACUGGUCAAGCAAACAUCUGUCAGGAAUCAUACUGUCAGAACCCUCUGCUGGGGCUGUGGAGGGUGGAACAAGUCCCCUCUAAUCUGCACUUCUCUUCUUUUGGGAUUAUUUCCCUGAUUUGGCAGGUGGAAAGCCGGCACACGGAGGUCUUGGUUGAAGUCUUGGACAGGACAGCACACCAAGUGGUGCAGUCCAAAUUUCAUUCAACUUUUUAGUCUCUGGGGAUUUUAGAGCAAAAGUGUCCAUACUGUGUUAUGAGAGGCACACAUUGCUUUGAAAGUUAUCCCAUAUUCCUUCUGACAGCCCUUCAAUCUCUUGACCUGCCCCAAUUCAUCUCCACUAUCAACUGCUGUGCC